AAAAGUGGCCAGUUGAGAGUGGAGCCUGUCUCAAAGUCCCAAUAAGGGAAACUCCGUGCUCCAUCGGGACAAGAGGUAAGCUGGUGAAAAACAAUUGCGGCAAACAGCUCUUAAUAAGGAACUUGUUCCAGCAGGCAUCCCGGCUGAAAAAUCCGGCUAUCGCAAGAGCGGCUAGGCCAGAGCUCAGGACAACGGGACGGGUCAGCGGAAAAGCCAAACGUCCACACAGUGUCCGAAUGCUCAAGCCAAGUGCUCGCCCGGGCCACAGACACGCUCUGAAAAGAACCGAAAUAACGGAGAAGGGGUCGGAAGUCCGACCCCUUUUUGGCAAAUUCUUCUUCUUUUGGCCAACUCUACAGGGCCUAGUAGGUGACAAAGCCUUCGCCACGUGGCCUCCACACCUUCCACACAUCAACCACCAUUCAUCUGGCGAGCCCAGCUGCACAACAUCCUCACCGGAACAGGCUGCACAGCUACAAGGGCCGCAUUCAAGAUUCCGGUCACUUCCGUCUCGCUACUUCAGUGGCGACGAAUUCCGGGAAACAGCAGCCGAAUUCGAGCGGGUUCAUUCGCCGCUCAAGUGGCGGAAUCGCGGUUAUUCAGCCUGCCGAAUCCAAGCGCAGCAGAUCGCUGAACGUGAGGUAAGAAUCCCGCCAAGUCUGCCGAAUCCGAUCACCGCAUCCGUGGUGGAAGUCCGGCAAUUCAGCGACCGAAUCUGAAGGAAUCCCGAACGCCGCACCAGUGGCGUGAGAUCCGGUGGAACCUCCGCCGAAACUAAGCGCUUCAGGUCGCCGCACCAGUGGCGAGUAAGCCCGGAGACGAUUGCCGAAUUCACCUGCCAUCGAUCGUCGAUCCGGUGGAAAAUCGCGGCGAAUCGGUGCGAUUAGGAUCGCUCUUCAUCGCCGCAUCCGAGACGAGGAUCAUCUGGUGGGACAGCAGCCAAUCGGGUUCGCUUUCGUCGCCGCACUAGUGGCGAAAGAAUAC